AUGUGGGAGAGUGUGGGCGAGGAAGGUAGGACGGUGGAGUGCAUUAGCCCGAGGCUGAUGAAGGUGCGCCUGCAAAUUGGCCGCACCUGCGGAGUAACUUUCGUGGUGGGGUACGCCCCUACGGAAACUGCCCGCAACACCGCGGGCGGUGAUGUCAAUGCCAAGGACUCCUUCUGGACUGCUCUCGACGCAGAGAUCCGGGAGGUCCAUAGCCGUGACCAUCUCGUGGUACUAAUGGACGCCAACGCACGUACUGGCAGGAGGCGAGACGGAUGCUGCGAUGCCAAGAUUAUGGGCGCGUACGGACGCGACAUUAUGAACAACAACGGGGAACGACUUCUCGGACUGGCAGCAGACAACCGACUCUCCCUGAUCAACACCUACUUCCGGACACCGAAAGGAGGAGUGCAGCAUACGUUCCAGAGCUCCAACAAGGGGAAGGAGAAGUACCGCCUCGACUUCAUCCUCAUGCGACAGACGGACCGGCGUUUCGUGCGUAAUGUCUCCGUCAAAAGUGUCGCUUUCAAAGACGCUGACCACAACCUGGUGCAUACGACUGUCCGCUCCCCCCCCCGUGUCGCACCCAACCGACGAACGCGGGGAAACAGCGGAAGCAGCCGGAUCCGUAUCGACCUCGAACGGUUGAGGAAGGAUGUGCACCUACGGGCCGUCUUCCAAGACAGGGCUCUCAACCGCCCUCCGCCCACGGCCCUCAGCAGGCCAACGGGAGAGACCGCCGCCGAGCUCACCGCUGUGGUGAUGUCGGCCGCUGCGGAGAUCGCGCCGCUGGCGAGGAGCGCACGAGGGAAGGGAGGCUGGUACACGAGCGAAGCGCAGCACGAGAUCUCUGACGCGUCGAAGGAGAUUAAGGCGGCCCAGCAGCAACUGCGCGGGGCCUCAAAGAACAGCGCCUGCGAGGCGACCCUGAAGGCGAUGCUCAAGGCGGCGCGGAAGAAGCGCAGCAUCGCGAGGUGGAGAGCACUGGAAACGUUCUUCGAGGGCUGUGUACGGCAGCUCGAGAAGAAGAGCCGCGAGGGGGAUCAGGCGGGUUUCUACAGGCACCUGAAGAUGAUCGACGUCGAAGGUAAGAGGUCGUUCACCUCUCAGAACAUCAAGGACGAGGACGGCAAGACGGAGAUCAUGUGCAUGCUGCCGAAAGGGAUCGAGGAACGCCCGUUCACGGUCAGCGCCGCCGGCCAGACGUACAAGCAGACAGAUCGGUUUGUGUACCUCGGACGUACCAUCUCCGCGGACGGGAAGGCCGACCGGGAGAUCACGAGCCGCAGCUACCGAGCGUGGAAGUGCUACCGCCGGAACAGUGCUUCGAUGUACGACAGGCGACGGGCCAACUGCCAGGUCAAGAUCCGGCUACUCCAGGCUGAAGUGGUGGAGACUCUCCUUUACGGGUGCGCCUCGUGGAGCCUAACAGCGGAGCACUACACGAAGCUCAAUGGGACCCACCGCCAGUUCCUUACACGGUGCAUCGGCUGGAGCAAGCGGAAACGCUCAGACCGCCCCCUGUCCUAUGCCCAGGCCCUCAUCCAGGCAGGCUGCGAGGAAAACAUCGAGGCCACCAUGCGCAAACGGAGACUGCGUUUGGCGGGCUUUGUUAUGCCCAUGGAGGACAGCCGCCUCCCCAAGCGCAUGCUGCCAGGAGCGAUGGCGGGGGGCGUGGGAUACCGGGGCUGGCAGGAGAGCGACUGGGUGUCUCGUCUAGGAGAGGACCUCGUGGCCUUCAACAUGGGAGACGAAAAGGAAGGGGGUAAAUGGAAAGAGAGCGCCAAGGAUCCGGAGGUGUGGGACAACAAGGUCGAGGACGGGGCGGCAUGGUUCAUGAGGAAAUGGCACAGGCAGGAGGCGGAAGUGUCCGCGAAGCGCCACCGCGCGUGGGAAGCAGAAGCAGAGAGUACGGCCAUCUCAGGACCGAAGAGAAAGAGAGCCGGGGAAGCGGCGGUGGGGGGGGAGAAACGGCGACCGGGCACUGCUGUAGAAGCGAGUAGGGCGGCCGAGGCAGCACUUGUGGCGAACUAUGUACCCGGCUGA